AGUUUUCUGAAGCGUAGAGUCCUUUCUCUUUGCUCUAAAUCGUUUAAUGAUGGAAGAAGAAGAAGAAUCAUCACAAUUUCUGAGCGAAUUGGAAAAGCUUCGUUACGAACCUUAUUACUACCAAGAGGACAACAUCUUGAAAUCUCCCUAUUUUCAGCCGAUUCACUUCCUCAAUCCAAGUUCUCUAUUCAAGGAGUUCAAGAAAAAAGCGGAAGAAUUUCGUGAAAUAAACAAAAUUGAUGGCAAGGACUUGGAUACUGUAAAAUAUUGUGACUUCUCUAUGUUGAACGAGAUUACUGAUGGGUUCAAGAAAGAGAACUUUGUUCAAAAAGCUUUGUGUGGUAGCUUGUACAGAGGUAAUAUUCGGCUAGGUUCAAGAACCCAACAAGUGCUGGUGAAGACGUGGGAUUUUUACGAAAUCCCUGGUAGGACAGUUGACUAUCCUGUGUAUCCUUCUAUAUUCUCUGCUGAACUCAAUCGACUUAUCCAAAAGGAAUUGAAAGGACAUGACAAUUUGGUGAACCUGAUUGGAUAUUGCUUUGACAAGAAGCUUGCAGUGGUAUAUGAAGCUAAAGCUGAUAGAGUCUUGUCUCAGGAGCUCAACUCCGAUAACUUUGAUUGGGAUGAGCGAAUGAAAGUGGCGCUUCAGUUAGCGAAGUUUUUAGAGUGGUUGCAUGAUAACCACAUUCUACUUGGUGCUCUUGAUGCUAGUUUGAUUCUGCUAGAUGAGGAAUAUAAUGUAGCAUUAUUUGAGUUGGGUCUUCAUCGGUGCGUAUUGGACCCUAGCAAUGGAGCAUCUACAGGUGUUCUCAAGUGGAUUUAUUCUAUUUUUGCUCCAGACCCAGUUGUUAAAGAUGACUCAGAUCUAUGGACUUCUAAAUCAGAGGUUUUUGCCUACGGUUGUGUACUCUGUCAGCUGAUAAUGAAAAAGUAUUAUCAGUCCAACUGUAGUCUGAGUACAAUUGCACGGUCAAGUUUUCGCGAAAAUCAAGCAUCUCUUGUCAAUGAAGAUUUUCAUGUGAAUGCAGCUGCUGGAUAUAAAAUCACAGAAUUGGCAAGGAAAUGUUUGCAACAUGAUCCAGUUGACCGAGUAGAUAUGCGACAUGUCGUUAAUUUCUUAGAGCAAUUGACUCUUGAUCAAAAAGCCAAGAAACAGCGAACCAACUGAAAACUUUGCUCAGUUUUUUCUGAAGUUAGUGGUGACUGUCUGGUGAUAAAUCCCUUUUUUUUUAUUUCAACAUUGCAACUUUGUUGUCUGGUUUAUGUUUUGGAACCUUUGGAAGGGAAAAAGUAUAAUAUUGCCAGGCAGACUUUUUGAAUCCUUCCAAACCCAUCAAACAUGUCUCACUAUUAGUACUCUUAUUUGUUGAAAGUCAAUAUUUCAAAUAUUCUGGUCAAUGUGUUUG